ACCUAAAGGGAGGAGUUCCAGGAUCACCUAGCUCUUCUUUACCCUCCAUUGAAGGAGACAGACUCGGGACUUUGGACGUCUCUUUCCUCGGUAGGCACCCCGUUCUGCCCCCGGUAUCCCCUGUAUGCUUUCCCCCAUCCCACUCCAUCCCAGGCGAGCGGGGGCAGACUAUGAGUCACGUCCUGGGCCUGGAGUUGAGGAGGGAAGCGCCGCCUCUCCUUGGGCCCCGUCUCUCCUCCUUUCCCCUCCCCGCCUGUUCCUAGCCCAGCCAGAUACUGCGCAGCGAUCACCGAUUGUCCAUCACCAAUUUGACUGGGUCGCAGGCGAGAUGAACAUUCUGGCGCCGGUGCGGAGGGACCGCGUCCUGGCGGAGCUGCCCCAGUGCCUGAGGAAGGAGGCCGCUUUGCACGUGCACAAAGACUUCCACCCCCGCGUCACCUGCGCAUGCCAGGAGCACCGGACAGGCACCGUGGGAUUUAAGAUCUCCAAAGUCAUUGUGGUGGGGGACCUGUCAGUGGGGAAGACUUGUCUCAUUAAUAGGUUCUGCAAAGAUACUUUUGAUAAGAAUUACAAGGCCACCAUUGGAGUGGACUUUGAGAUGGAACGAUUUGAGGUGUUGGGCAUUCCCUUUAGUCUGCAGCUCUGGGAUACUGCUGGACAGGAGAGGUUCAAAUGCAUUGCGUCAACCUAUUACCGAGGAGCUCAAGCCAUCAUCAUUGUCUUCAACCUGAAUGAUGUGGCCUCCCUGGAACAUACCAAACAAUGGCUGGCUGAUGCACUCAAGGAGAAUGACCCUUCCAGUGUGCUUCUCUUCCUUGUGGGUUCCAAGAAGGACCUGAGUACUCCUGCUCAGUACCUGCUGAUGGAGAAGGAUGCCCUCAAGGUGGCCCAAGAGAUGAAGGCUGAGUACUGGGCUGUCUCUUCUCUCACUGGUGAAAAUGUCCGGGAAUUCUUCUUCCGUGUGGCAGCACUGACCUUUGAGGCCACGGUGCUGGCUGAGCUGGAGAAAUCGGGGGCCCGGCGCAUCGGAGAUGUUGUCCGCAUCCAUAGUGAUGACAGUAACCUCUAUCUAACUGCUCGCAAGAAGAAGCCCACGUGUUGCCCGUGAGCGGUAAGGGGACUGUCCAGAGCCUGCCCAGCCCUGGGGCACUGUGCCACCUUGACUCCCCUAGACUUCGACCCUGGACAUUUGCACUGAUUGUUUUUCCAGACCAAAGAGCUGCCUGUUGGUGGCAGUACCCCUGGAGGGGUAGCGGGGACCAUGCUAGUCGCUUCCUGCCCCAGGCACCAUGCCAAAGACUGGAUGUUCCCCCUCCUCCAGGGGCUCUCCAGGGUGCCCAGCAGUGGGGAGGUAAUCCCUGCUGCUUUUGCUUAGCCUGCUGGGCCCUUUUGAGUAUGAGGAUGCUUAAUGAUCCCAGCCUCACACUGUGCCUUAUGCAUUAAAAUUUCUAUUAUUAGCA